AUUAAGUUCCGGUGUCGGACAUUUUGGAAGUAAACAAGUGCUUGCCAACCCGCAGUUUCUAGACAUUUUUGUCUAAGGGAGAUUUUACUGCUGCCUCAUGAUGUGGCAAUACUGUUGGGCUCACAACUCUUAUCACCUCAUACGAUGGUUUCCUCAAAACAAUCGGGUCAAAAUAUUUGUCGUGAUGAUGGUGCUAACGCUGACCCUGUUGGUACCCCAGAUAUAUGUUCUACUACUACCCACUACAUCUCGUUGGUGUGAGCAACCCCUUCUUCAACUUCUCAUUGUCUCCAUCAUCUUCUCAUUUAUAACCAUUGGUUUCACCUUCCUCUUUAUGCUGAUGAUUCCAGUCCCUCGGGAGUUGAAAAUUGUGUUUCACAUAUUCGGGAUCAUGUGUUUUGUGGAAGGAUUGGUAGCAGUUGUUUAUACUUCUAAGGCAGGCAACUGUCAAUCUACAACAGAAGAGCUAUACUACAUGUCUCUGGCCAUUGCUUGGGUCACCUGUGCUUCCCUCAUAUUUUUUUUGAUCAUGAUACCAUUCUGGAUUAUCAACACGGUGAAGCGGAAUAGCAUGGUUGACCGUCGUUCACAAGGCAGGGAGUCUGCUAUGAACCAGUGAAGUGUUGCACAUGUCUCUGGCAUAUCUGAUUGGUCCAUUUCAUGAGAGGGUGCUUUCCAUUAGCCAGGUGGAACCAGUCAAAACGUGAUUGACUGGUAAAGUACAAAUAGACUUAGUAGAUGAGUAUUAGAUUUAUUAACAAUUGAUACAGUUCAGAUGGACAAUUAUACCUAUCGUUGACCGAUAGAUGACCAUUUUACAGGAAAAUCUUCUGACUGUUACUCAGUAUGAUUUUAACGACACUGUAUAUUUACAUAAUUGCAUUUUUGCUAACAUUUGUCAAUUUGUAAUUGGAUCCAACAUUUCUAGGUGUUUAAAGUGCCCAGAAAAGUCCUACUGACACCUUGAAAGUGUAUUAAACUUUACGCAAGAAUACACAAUAUUGACAAAAUAUUGCAUGUGUAAGAUUUAAUUUGUAUAUAUUUGUACCUUAUUGCUGUUGAUCAGCUGUCAUAUAUUGUGUGUAAUAUGGUUUUUCGUUGAUCGAUAACCAGAGAUAUGUAUAUAUAUCUAAAUCAUAUCAAAAUAAAAUCAUCAUGAUAUAAGCCGUCCAUUUCAUUGUUUAAAAUUGAUAUUUAUUAAUGAAAACAACCCAUUUUAUGAAUUUGGGUUAACUCCUUGAAUACCUGUGUAUGUAUAUUUUGUAUGAAGGAUUGUUAUACACAGAUUAUAUGAAUACUGCUUCUCUGGAACAUUUUUUUUGUAAAGUGUUGUCGGAUUGUGAAAAUAUGUCUUGACAAUUUCUCACAUUGUCGAUUAGUUUAAGGUUGAACGAAUGCUUUGAAAGUUCAUAAACAGUUUGCAAUUAUUGUUUCUGUUAAGGCAUAUACAUCUUUUCAAAUAAUAUCCAUACAAAAUUGUCAAGUCUUACCCUCAACAUUAAAAUUGUAUCAUAUUCCAGCUGAACUGUUACAUGUUUAUUUGAAAGAUUUAAUUAGAUUUGUGUCUACCAGAUGUUUUCGUUAUUCUGGGGCUUCAAGUAUUGUACUUGAAAUAUUUACACUUUAAUAUGCCAUUACACAAAGGAAAUAUCUUGAUUAAUACCAACAUAUAUAUAUAUAUGAAUUGUUGUGGGUUUGUAUUCUGUUAAAUUGUUCAAUUCUGCAUUCCUACCACAUGUAUUCAAAAAAGUUUUUAUUAUAACUUGUGUUUAACUUUAUAGCUCAUUUUCACCAUAUACCUGUAGAUGACAUUGUGUAUUUUUGUAGAUUUAAGAAAAUACCCAGGAUUUAACUAAUUAUAAUUGUGAUAUGCAUUACUCUGUAAUAUAAACCAUUUAUCAUUCAUUACUGGCCAGCAGGACUGGAAUUUACUUUUACCGAACCCCAAUUUCAUCAAUAUUCCUUACCAGGUAAUUUAAAGAUUUCCAUAAGAAGUCGAGGAACGUUGACAAAAUGGGUGUCUGGUAGUCUGUUACCUUCUCUCAGCAGCUUUUACUGGUGACAAGAUUUACUAUUAUACCUAAAUCGGAACAUUUGUGACCAGUGAGGAUUCUUGAUUUAAUUAAUUUAUUGACACUUUUGUAUUUGUAGUCACCAUCGAAGUCUGCAAGAAUAUCUACAUAUAUUAUCUAUCAUCUAAUAAGCCCUUCCCCUGUUAUAAAAAGUUUAGUAUUAAAGUUUGGAGAAAUCACUCUAAAAUACCUUACUAUUUCAAAAUUGAUGAUGCUACAAAAAUGAAAGUAAUGUUCAUUUGUGGACGUGGGCUUAAUUACCAGGUUGAUAAAUAUGUUAUGUAGAUAUCUGCCACUUUGAGAGUUAUCAAGUUAUAUUUAAAAAAUACUAAUGUUUUAUAUUUGUGUCUUGAAUCCAAAAUUUUUCACCAAUAAAUUGAUAAGCAUUAAAAUUUUCAAAUACAUAUUGAAGAAAAUAAUCCAAAGCCUGCUUCUCUUUCUUGCAUUGGCUGAUGUUGGUGGGCAUAUUAUUUGAAGGAAUGUUUAAUAAGAUCAUAGUCCACCAACUCAUUAUUUGUUAUGUUCUUUACAUACCUUUAUAACCCAAGUUAAAUAAAAAUUCUUUCUCUGUU